AUGGGCCGGAAGCUCUUUCUGAGCCACCUGGCCGACGCCAAACGCUUGAAAAUUGAGAACAUCCACAGCAUCCGCAACCCGAAAGAUGGUGUCGUUGCUUUCACCUACGUUUAUCCCAACAACAACGUUGACCAAUUCAACAUCGAAGCCCUUGCCAAUGAUCUAGGAGAAUAUCCAGAUGGCAACUCAUUUGUUCUGUGCACUAAGGACACCUUAAUCAACCCCAUUGUUGCAGAAACAUUGGACAAAGUCAACGAAAAUGCCCAUGGCAAGUCUUUCGUCGACUUGUUGACGGAAGUUGCGGAGUCAUUGACCACGGCCAUGACAAAGGACAGUGUCCAAGAAACCAUUGUGGCCGACCAUUCGAUGGAAGAUGACGAAUUCGAUUUUGUUUUUGAAGGCGAUUCUGACAAUGAAUAUUUUGGACUAGUUGCCUCUGAGUCCGGCAAUGCAGGGCGCAGCCCCAACACCACCGCCGACUUCGCGGACUUGUCAACUGAUUCCCAAGAGAAGAUGGAAAAGAUACGUGCAGAUCUUAGAGCCCUCAAGCAUUCAGGCUUCCGCGUGGGAAUCUUUGGAAACAUCGCAUUUGCCGGUAUUCUAUGCGUUUCAAUCCGAGUUUCCAAACUCGGUCUCUCAGACGAAGCUCUGCAGGCGUGGAAUGUGCCGCGGAAGCAUUACUUCGUGUUGCUGAUCAGAUACACGCGAGGCUAUGUGGACGCAGCCAGAGUUGUUAUGGAACAGGAUCUCUCAGACUCCAUGGAGAUGCGCGUGGGCCUUUGUGGCCACUACAAACCUUCACUACGCGAAGUCCUCGCUCUCUAUCAAUACACUAAGCCAGACAAUAGGCCCUCAGCGGAGGAUGCUGACACUGUAUCAACGACCCAUCAUGCGUUCGAAGCACUAUUCAUCGGCAACGCAAUCAACCAGUUACUCGAAGAACGGGUCUUCAAGAUCAUCUCAGCUCGGGAACUGUACCGGCUCAGCUGGCUUGGUGCGGAGAAAUUAAUCAUCGACAUGCAAGCAGCUUCUUCCUUUUCGACUGUUGGCGACAUGACACCAUAUCACUGCGGUGAUGACGGCCGUGCAAGCCACCUUCCCCAGGUAGUUGUCGCAGACCACAUGCGCCAGAACCGACUCGCGACGGCUUCUUUGCCACUAAUCCUUAUGCAAUUUACCCUUAGGCAUUUUGUCCGAUGCACAGAAUUCUGCCUUGUGUGCCAUUGCCGAGUCGACGAAGGAUUUGAGGCUUUGAAACCGUACGUCUGCUUGAAGCCUCUCUGCCUGUACCAAUAUAUUUCGCUUGGUUUCGGCCCUCGCCUGGAGUGGGAAAUCAUGGCCCAGCCAUACGUUGUCGACCUUCUGGUCAGCUUUUGCUAUGCGGCUGCCGCCAGUGGCAGACUCAAAGAGUUUCCUAUUGGGAUGAACUUGGUAGUACCCGUCAUACCGCGCCCCACCAUUCUGCGUUCCACUGCUCCAAUGUAUACAUUGGUGCAAGCAGCCACACCGGGUACACCGGCCGUACCAUUGAUGCCCAAGAAGUCCUUUUUAUGCACGUGGAAUAUGGGCUCGAGGUCCUUGGUGGUCGAAGAGGAUGAAAAGAACACAUCGAUAAAGAAAGUCAAACCUGGCGAUUGGAUUGUUCUGCUCUGUAGUCUGAAGGACGCCGCAGCUCAUUGCCGCGUCAAGAGUGUGGAACUGCCUCGAAUUUGGCUCGAUCCAACUAUCUCUGUACCGUUUCCAGGUCGUUUGCCUAACCCCAGCAGUCUCACCGAAAAGUCUGAUCAAGACGACGCCUCCAACACAGCGGAAUGCUAUUUGUACGACAAGAGCUUUGAUGGCCUCCAUCAAGAACACCAAGAAGGUGCGAUCAUGACGUUGCUGGAUGCCCUUCCGUCUGUGAUCAAGAUGCGUCGCUACUUGGAGAGUCAAGGCAAAAGUCAAGAGCCUAGCUUGAAAGCAUGGUCUGAUCAGAUCUCCGAGUCGACUGUGAAUCUUCUCCAUUGGAUUGUCACAUCCAAUAGGUCUUGCAUCAUGCAGGUCGACGACAUUGGCGGCAAGGACGACUCCUCAAUUCGCACAAAGCCAGAAGACCGUGUUGGAGGAAUGGAGACUUGGACCCAAUUCCGCUUCGCUCAAGGAGCUCCAGACAAAGAGAAGCGUUUCAAUGACAGCGUCAAGCAACGGGUGCGAGCCACUGGAACCCAGUAUGCUACCCUUUUUGCAUGGCACGGAAGUCGAAUGGGCAACUGGCAUUCAAUCAUUCGACAGGGCCUCCGAUACGAUGAAGUAAUCAAUGGCAGAGCAUACGGGCAUGGCAUCUAUAUGAGCCCUCACGCGUCUACAAGCCUGGGGUAUACCCAGGAGCUUGUUCCUAGUGCUGGCAACUGGCAGGGUUCUGAGCUCAAAAUUGCAAAGGUGCUUUCCUUGCAGGAAGUCGUCAACGACCCCGCCAAAUUCAGCUCCAUCGUGCCACACUAUGUGGUCCCCGAGGUUGACUGGGUGCAGACGCGAUACCUAUUCGUCAAGACCGAGGAUAAAUCCACUCGUAACAAUGUAGCAGGCCAAACAUACCGGCAGGACCCUAGUCGACUGGCUUACAACGAAACGAACGAGCCAAUCACGAUCCCAAUAGCCGCCAUAUCCAAGGCUAGAAGACCAGGCAGGACCAUCGACACAGUAGAGACACCUCGCGGGAAGCGUACAAAGACGAUUUCGAAAACAGACUUGGCGACGGCCGAGCAGCAAGAGGACGAUGCAGACAGUGUUGUGUCGGAUGCGGAUGAUUUGGCGACGCUGCAAGAGAGUGACCAGGCAUGUGAAGAUCUUGAGCCUUUUGGAUCCGAUACCAAGACUAAAAAUCUGUGCGUCAAUCGCAAGAAGCGGCCCGCAGAAGUGGUGACAGCUACCGACUUCGUACCUGGCAAAUUGGACGUCACGAACAUCAAGUUUAUGGAAGCACCGCAGGACGCUAACCAGAUCGCCACCAAGGCACUCAUGCGGCUACUGAAGGAUGCGCUGAAAACCCAGGAAAAGACUCCGCCAGCCACCCUGGGGUGGUAUAUCGACCGCAGCUUGAUCAACAAUAUGUACCAAUGGAUUGUGGAACUGCACAGCUUUCCGAACCAUCUCCCUCUGGCGAAAGACAUGAAAAAUGCCGGAGUGACAUCAAUUGUCGUGGAGAUGCGAUUUACGAGCCAGUACCCUUUCAGCCCCCCAUUCAUUCGAGUGGUCAAGCCUCGCUUUCUGCCGUUCAACCAAGGUGGAGGCGGGAACGUCACGGAAGGAGGUGCAAUGUGCAUGGAGGUAUUGACGAACAACGGGUGGUCGGCCAGCCUUACAGUUGAGAACCUCCUCCUUCAGGUCCGGCUCGUAAUCUCUGAUACAGAGCGGCCUGCGAGGCUUGCCGGUCACCCCGGCUCUACUUAUGGGAUUGGAGAAGCGAAGGCAGCAUACAUCCGUGCGUGCCAUAACCACGGCUGGAAAGUUCCUGCGGGGUUUGACUCGAUCCCGGAGUGAGGCCUGGGACGUCAUCACGCGGUUUUGCGAGGGAAAGGGUAUGGCAUAUCGCCCGCGACGAGGAUGAAUUUCACAUUGAGAAGCGACUGGUGGAUGAGGUGAAUGAUAAGAACAGAGGAAUGGACUCGGCCAUUCUCGCGAAGAGGGCAAAAGAUGUGACGGUCCCAAGCAUGUCUCGCUUGGCUAGAGACUCGUCAAUG